GGGUGGCUGUGGGAGGCAGAUCGCUGUCUUUGCCAUCCGCCUGCUGUAUUUCUGGGCCAGAAGUGUAGGAGGCAAGGCUCGCCUGCUGUACAUCAAGCAUAGAAACAUGUCAAGGUAACAGAGGAAGGGUGGAACAUUUUGUCCUUCUCCAUAGCCUGCUCAUUUUCCUGGCUGAAAUUCCUUGCUUCCACCAUUAACCAGGUAAGAGGUUAGCGAGGCUGCAGUGAAUUCCGCAAAGAUCUUUCUUUUCUGGCAGCAGCUUUCCAGUCCUGUGUGUUAAACAUUGACUGCUGAAUUCAGGCACCAUGCAAAGAUUAUAAAAAGAUUAAAUGGAUUUGCUUCUUGUUUUAAAAUCACUGCAAUUUGUUCUAAGGUCCGAACUCUGUGUAGUUUUCAGGGAAUUCUGUCUGAAAAAGCCAGCUGCAGAUUAUGAUCUGUUGGUAACUUAAGUAUUUUAUUAACAUUUUUUCUUUGGCACAGCACUUCAUAUACACUUAACAGGGUUUUUCCAAAGCCAAGAGAAGAAAGAGACAGAAUCUGACUUCGGAAAGGUGUUCAGCAUUAGUACUAGGGUUUACAUAACUGAACCAAUAUUUAUUAUCACAAAUCUAUCAAAUAUUUAUCAGCAUCAGGACAUAUAUAUGGGACUAAACUGAUAAAUGCACAGGCUAUUAUCAAUAAACACACAAACCAAGGGGGACCCCAGGCUGACCUCAAUCAUGUACCAUCAUGACUUUCCAAUAUGCAAUUCUCUUUCAUAAACCAUGCAUUAAGCUAUGUUACUAUGGCUGUGAAAGCUGUUAUAUAGACCGUAACAGAUACUGAACAAAAGGGUGCUUUCCUCUGCUUAAAUAUAAACAGUUUUUGGAUGUUUUCAUUUUUCAAAGAUUAUUUUUAAGCAAAAUUCCUCUUUAAAAUAUAUAUUUGAUGGGCUCAGGUAUUUGACUUCUCCCUACAUUAGAUAGGCUAACUGUACUUGAGAAGUGUUGUUAUUUGUAGCAGCCUAACUAGUCAGACUAAAAUGCAGCAAAUCUUAAGUUUACCUAGCUGAAGCCAAAAUGAAACCUUAAAUUUCUGAAUCAGAGACUUGCUUGUUUGUUUAGAAAUUUAGUCAGUUAUUAAACUAACUCAGAAGUUAAUGUUCACUUUUUGUUUUAUGAAGGACAUGCUAACAGCAUAAAGAUUCAGCAGAGUCCCCUUAAAAAAAAAAAAAGCGGGCCAUAUCUCAGUAAAACUGUAAGUAGAUAAUUAGUGCUAGAGAAAGUGUGAUUAUGGGGAGGUGAAAAUGGGAAACGGGCUUGGAGGCUACCCUGGAGUUGCUUAAGGCCAGCAGUGUUCCUAUUGCUCUCUGCUACCUCUGUUCCACAAGCCUGCAUAGAUGGGCUGUGGAACGGAUUUCUGGAAUUAGUAUGGUGAAUCUCAGACCCUUGCAUAUGCUCAUCACAGGAAUCCUCAAACCUAUGGGGAAUAUAGUUUCUUUGCUAUUUAUUUGGGAGUUGGAGAAACUGUCAUGAGCACUGUCCCCAAAAUGGCUCUUAUGGAGAACAUGCUUAGACACAUAAUGGCUAUUGCAGAGGCCUGGCCAUUUAAUCAAAAGAGAAGAUCUGAGGAAUAGACUAGGAGAGAAACUGACAGCUGGGGAGGGAAGAGAAAUAAUAGGGCUUGGCAUGGAGAAAGGAGGAAGGAUUGGGCUGCAGAAAAGGGCAAGGCUAGAGACUUGGAGUGAAGACAGGAAGAAUGAAGAGGAAAGGCCUUGUGUGGACAGAGGAGUGCUGGGUGAUCCCUGGAAGCAACUCUUCUGUUCUGGACUUCUGAACAGCCGAUCCGUGGCAGGUUCAGGAACCGGAAGGAGAAAAUGGUGCCCUAAUGCUUUUCAAGAUAUUUUCAGAUUAAAAUAUCAAAUUAGAAGGGGGCACAGAGUGGAGAGCUUUGUGGGCAUCAUGGUAGGUCUUGCAAAGGGCCUCAUGGGAAACUUGCUUGUCUUUCCCCAUCUCAAUAUGUGAGUGGACAAGAGUCAGAGAGUGUCCCUGGUUGAAACAAGCUGCAGAGAUGUAUUUAAUUCUCAUUGAAUUCAUCAUGACUCCAUGAGGAUCUUGUUGAGGUCUUGCCCGUUAGGAAUGGGUAAAGUAUUCUUUUGGAUGUCCAGCAGAUAAUCUGUUUUAAACAUAUCUUUUCCAAAUUCGCCAUGGGGCAGGGCUGGGUAGUCUUUCAUCUCUUCAGAUUAUGGACUAUACUUCUGUAGUAACAUUAUGUAACCUAUCUCCAUUAAAAUAGGAUUCCAUAGAGUUCCAAUGACAAUUGGCGUAUAUUCUUGCUCCAAUUAGUAAGCAGACUGUUGGUUGUAAAUCCUCUCAACAUUUAUUAAGUAUCGUAGGGCUUGUUUGGUUCUGGAGAUAAAUUGUGCCCUAUCCCUUGUUAGAGUGUGGAUAACAAUAAUUUAAACUGGCUAAAGCUUGGACAGGUUCCUCUUCCCCUGAGCCCUAGCCUGAGAAUUGAGAAUCACAUGUCUUUCUGCAAAUUAAACAAUUAUGUACUGAGCAUAGGUGACUGGCAGAUUUUAAGAGAGUGAAUUUUUUGCUAGGUUGAUUUAAUGAGUUUUUCAACUGAAGUAGUUGAUUUGACCAUUCUGUGGCUUCCAUAGUAUGUGAGGCAUGCAACUUAGCUCUGCUUUUCAAGUGUUUGGUCUUGUUUAGGAGUGCUUUAGCUCUUUAUUCUUAAAUAUUAAUUCUUGCCAUACCUGACAUAUUAAGCAUUAUUUAUGCUACUGAGAUGCAAUUUUUAGACAGCAAAAUUUGAUAUACCAUUGGAUUUGAUCUAACCAGUUAUGCGUAAGUUUUAUUAUGUAUAUCCCUGUGUAUUUUUUUCCUGAGCCAAAAUAUGGCCUGACUUGUUUUAAAAUACCUUUUGGCAUGUAUCAGUUAUUUAACUAAAGCCAGUAGAAGCUUGCCGCUUGAUUUUUGGCAUCAUAGAUGUUCAGUUUUGUCUGGGCUCUGUUGGUAAAAUGGUAGAAAAGUGUCUGUUCUAUACAAAGCCAACUCAUAAAAAUAUUUCUAGCUUUAGUGUAAGCUCUGUGUGUAUGUGUAUGUGUGUUUUAAAGAUAUAACAAAUUUAGUAAUGCCUUGGUUCUAAUUUAUUUUGUUUUAAAAUAGACUGGCAGCUAAAUGAGAAAUACUUUAUGAAUGAAUGCAUGUCUGUAAAUGUUAUUUCUAUAAGAAAUUAUUGGAACAAAUUAUUAACCAAACAAAAUCUGAAUUCUACUUAGAAAGCAGUUAUAUAAGCCCAACACAUUUUAUUCUUUGUAUUAUUAUUGAUAGAGGAGGUUGAAACCAAAUAGGCUCCCUAAAGGGACUAAUUUACAAACCCUCCUUAUUGGUGCCCUUUCAUUCAUGUUACUUCAUCUGCUCUAGAGUGUGGUCAUUCAUAAGGACUUGCAAAGUUGAUUGCAGGAAAGACACUAACAGGUAGCUUUGUGCAUGGACUUCUGGGCUUCUGCUUUUCCAAGGUCUGUACCAGGCCUCCUCAAAGACCUUCCUGCAGAAAGUUUUUCCUCCCUUAACUGUCAUCCACACCAGCCAGUCUAGCAGGCUGGUGGAAGGAAAGCAGGGCCACUUCACCAGCUCCCUAUGAAAGAAUGAUUCUUGCUCCAAUUCCUUCUUCCUUUGUGCUUUUUAGAUUAUACGCCUACAGACAAGAUUUGUCUUGUUUAAUUGAUUGCGUAAGCUACUUCCAGAGACUGUUUACCUGAGAAGUAGCAUUCAGGAGCUUCUGAUAAUUCAAAUUUGCACACGUACCAGGAAGGAGCAGCUGAAGUUCAAUGGUAGAGCACAUGUUUUGUAUGCAGAGGGACAGUGGCUGGAAUCCCCCUGUAGGAGUUGGAUAGACCAAAUUCUGAAAUUUUGGGGAACUGCUGCCUGUCAAUGGGGCCCUUGCUGAGCUAGUUGGACCAAUGAUCUUGGUAUAAGACAGCUUCCUCAUACUGUUGCCUGUCUCUUGUUGCCGCAUCUGAAAAAUUAUGGCUUCUAGGAAGCCACUAGGAUAUCUUUCUGGAGCUAUGGAGAAAGCUAAGUGAGAUCUGUUUCUCUCUGACACACAGUGAAUGGAACUAGGUUUUCUGCAUGUUGGUUGUUCAUAUGUAAACUCCAUUCUGAAGGCAAAAUCCAGCAAGAACUGUUCCCUUUGCUGUUCAUACAAUGCUGGCAUCAACUAAACUUUACAGGCAGCAUUUUGCUGCGUAGUAUUUAUGUAUGUGUUACCAAAACUGCAUUUGGGAAGAAUGUUCGUACUUUGGAUUGGUCUGCAUACUUUUCUGAGUUGAUUUUGGUGUGCAUGGAUGUAGAGGAAGAAUUGAGCAUUUUGGCCUAGCCUAUCCAUGAAUCAAAGACUAAGAAGACAUCAUCCUAUUACAUUAAACUCUAAAUAACUUACCUAGCCUUUCCCCAGUAUGGGGCCCUCCAGAUAUUUUGGAGUAUAAUAGUGUCUGUACUGAGUGGGAUGAUGGGACUUCAAAUCCUAGCCAUCUGGAGGAUGCCAAGUUGAGGAAGACCGAACUAAACAGUGGCAGUCAUUGCAGAUGUUAUUCAAUGCUAUACAUGAAGUAUAGAACUGAGUGAGCAGAGAGGUAAAGAUUCUGUUUCAAGGGCUGCUUUCUAAAACUCUGUCAACAGGUUGAAAAUAGUGAAUCCUUUUUAAAUCUACAAACAAGCAACAAGGUAUAGACAUAUGAGAGAUGUAGUUAUUUGUAAUGGUGAUGGUCUCAUUAGCUAAUAAAGCAUGGUCAAACAAUUGCACAUUAUGAACUUCAUAGAGUUAUGCCUCAGUGGACAUCCAUUCAUGGCAGAUGUCCCAGGGAAAGAAGUGAACAGAGAAUCCGAUUUCUGUUUCUUGUAGACUUUUUGCAUCAGACAACUAGAGAAAGCAAAAUCAAGGUUACUUCUUUAGAAAUAGUGUGUGCUUGGCCAUAGAUAUUAGUACUAAGAAUAAUUUCUAUGACAAUCAAUCACUAGGUGGCAGAUCCAAUAGUCAAGGUAGCCACAACUGUCAAUAGGGUUUCCUGGGCAUUUGUAUUCCCACCCACCUGGCCUUAACAUCACCAGUAUAUUGCAAGUGAGUUUGUGAAGAACAGCAGAAUAAAAAUUUAAGCAAGCAAUGAAAGGGAUAGAUGGGAGGUAGGGGUGGGGGAACCUUCAUGUAUGUAUACAAGUGGACUAGAACCUGAGGAUGAAAGUCAGUCCACCCGCCCCCCCGCUCUAGAAAACACAGACCCAGUGCCAUUCUGACCACCCAACAAAUCAUCCAUGCAACAUGCAUUAGCCUGAUGGUCGCUUUAGUUAAAAAAGAGGAGGAAAGAGACAGGUGCAGGGAAGUCAAUUUGGAGUUUGGAAGAACCUUCCCCUGAAUUCCUAUCAACUCUCUUCUCUCUGUGAACUUGAUUGCAUUCCUUCCCAAAUUGUUUUGAGCGGAUAGAGCUUCAGAAUGCCAGAGAUCCUAUGUGUGUGUCUGCUCCAGUAGAAAAAACCUUUGUGAACUUAGCAUUAAACAGUUUGCCAAUCAGCAUUUUUAUGUUUAGAUAGUGUCCUUUGUUCCCACACAUACUUUCAAACUGCUGAAUGGCCUCGUUCUUUUAUUGCAGCAGACAACAGAUGUGCCAUCUCAAAUGCCGCACUGUGUAGCGCCUGCCUUGCUGUGGGUCCAGAAUGUGGAUGGUGCACGCAGGAGGAUUUCAUGGCUGGAACGAAGCAGAAGGAACGCUGUGACAUAGUUUCCCAUUUAAUUAAAAGAGGCUGCAGGGCAGAUUUUAUAGAAAGUCCUAAAGUCGGUGUAACAACACACAGCAAUGACGUGAAUAUACAAGUGACACCAGGAGAAGUUUCAGUCCAUCUCCGUCCAGGAUCUGAAACAAGUUUUCUGCUGAAAGUCCACCCACUGGAAAAGUACCCUGUAGACCUCUAUUAUUUGGUUGAUGUGUCUGCAUCUAUGCACAAGAACAUUGAAAAAUUAAACUCUGCUGGAUUUGAUUUAUCUCAAAAGAUGGAAAACAUUUCCAUUGAUUUACGACUUGGAUUUGGAUCAUAUGUGGAUAAGACAGUGUCACCUUAUAUUAGUAUUCAUCCAGAAAGAAUCCGUAAUCAGUGCAGUGAUUAUAAAUUGGAUUGUAUGCCUCCUCAUGGUUAUAUCCAUGUCCUUUCACUGACAGACAAAAUAACAGAAUUCAGAAAUGCAAUUAAAAAGCAAAAAAUAUCUGUAAAUAUUGACACACCUGAAGGCGGCUUUGAUGCUGUGCUUCAGGCAGCUGUGUGCCAGAGCCAUAUUGGUUGGCGCUCAGAAGCAAAGCGGCUACUUCUCAUGAUGACAGAUCAGACCUCUCACCUGGCUCUUGACAGUAAAUUAGCAGGGAUAGUAAUUCCUAAUGAUGGAAACUGCCAUCUGAAAGAUAAUGUGUACGUCAAAGCAACCAGUAUGGAGCAUCCAUCUCUUGGUCAACUUUCUGAAAAGCUCAUAGAGAACAACAUUAAUGUUAUAUUUGCAGUUCAAGGAAGCCAAUUUCACUGGUAUAAGGACCUUUUGCCUCUACUUCCUGGAACUAUUGCAAGACAGAUAGAGUCACAAGCAGCAAACCUUGGUGAUUUGGUGGUAGAAGCCUAUGAGAAGCUGAUCUCUGAAGUUAAAGUUCAGGUGGAUAAUACAGCCCAAGAUAUAAAUGUCAAUGUUACUGCAAUCUGUCCUGAUGGAAGUAGAAAAACAGGCUUGGAGGGAUGCAAAAAUGUGAAAUCCGCAGCUGAAGUGUUGUUCAAUGUCUCCAUUGCCAUGAAAGAAUGUGGUACAACUGAAGGAAGAAAAUAUGUGAUGAUAAAGCCCCUAGGUUUCAAUGAAUCCACCAGAAUUAAUAUACAUAGAAGGUGUAAUUGCCAGUGUGAGGAUACCACAAAGCACAAAAGAAUAUGUGUCAGUGAAUUGCUGCAAGAUGCUGAAAUGUCCAAUUGCAAAGGCAGUACCUGUGGUUCCAAUGAAGAAGUAUUUUUGGAGCAGUGCAAAAUGCAAAAGAACCAUCUUAUCUGUAAUGGACGAGGAGACUGUGUAGGUGGAAAAUGUAUUUGCCACAAAACCAAACUUGGUACGGUAUAUGGUAACUACUGUGAAAAGGAUGACUUCUCCUGCUCUUAUUACCUUGGAAACUUAUGUGCGGGCAAUGGUGAAUGUGAGUCUGGCAAAUGCAGAUGCUUCAGUGACUGGGAAGGUGAUCGUUGCCAGUGUCCAUUGUCAUUAAGAAAGCACUGCAUGGAUUCAGAUGGUCAGAUCUGCAGUGGAAGAGGAACAUGUGUCUGUGGAAGAUGCAAGUGCACUGAACCCAGCAGUUUUGGCCAUUUAUGUGAAUUCUGCCCUUCCUGUGGAACAACGUGCAAUGAUAAGCGACAUUGUGUGUCCUGUCAUCACUCCAAUUCGUCUCAGAUCACACUUGAUCAGUGCAGAUCCUCAUGUGCUUAUCGGCUACAUUAUACUGAACAGUCUUCAGAAUGCAUUACUGAUGAUCCAAGCCACUUCAAGAUCUUUCUCAUAAUCUUUGUAAUUACAUUUCUGAUUGGGUUGCUUAAUGUACUUAUAAUCUGGCGGAUAAUGCUGCAGUGGAACAAUUAUAAAAUUAAGUCCUCAGCUGAUUGCAGAGUGCCUGCAACCAAAAAGGACAAGACAUUCUUGCCUGCUGUUUGUACAAAAACAGUGACCUACAGACGUGAUCAUCCUGAAGAAAUAAACAUAAAUGGCAGCAAGUUGCAAGUAAAGGAAACUUUCAAAUGCAGCUCCUGAAGACAAGACUGUUUUCUUCAAAACUGCUUUCACAGUCAAGAAAGUUAUUUGAAAGAUCUUGCCUGAUACUUGGGGCUUUAUGGUUUUGAAUACUAUGAUGAGUGACCUGGAAGUCUAGUUGCACAACAUGGCUAGAUCGCAAGUAGAGCUGCUCCAGUUUGAAAACUAAAUGUGCAUUAACUACUGAUUAACAUAAUGGCAUUGCUUCUUAAAGCUGAGAUAGUUGGACUGGGAGCCAAUUCAAUCCCCUUUGAGAUCAAUAAAUGAUUGGCGCAGACUUAAGUGUUCUGGCUUAAGUGGGCGUUAUAUUGGUUUGCAAGACCACUCUGCGUUGUGGCACUUUAACAUAAUGUAACUUAUUAGUUUGGCGUAGAAUGUUAAUCUAAACUAGGGUGAUGAAAAGCACUGAUCUCACUUUAGAGGUAGCUAGUACAGGUUUGAUCUAUGACAGGGAUUCCCAAACUGUGUUAAGAAAAAUGGAGCUGGUAUACAUAAGUGACCAGUCAGCUGUCAGUUCCUACUCCUGUUCUGAGUUCUAGGAACAAACAGAAUAGAGGAAGAGAAGGCAGGCUGACAGGGAGACGACCCUGGGAAUCCAGAAGGUUCAAUUAAAAAUGGCAGUUCCUUAGCACCAGCAGCACUGACGAUCAAGCCUAAAUAUCUUACAUUGCACUAAUUCAGGGGAGAUGGAUGAAUAGGUUUGCAUUCAUUCUGCUCCAAAGACACUAACAACGCACUCCUAAAAAUGUUUACUCUCAAGUAAGCAACACUGACUUCUGUUAGGCUUACUCCCAGGCGGAUAGGCACAGAGUAGCAGCCUUGGACUACAAUCCUAAAUGUAAAACUAAGGUGGGGGUGGGGGGUUAUGUAAGCUACCUUGAGUUCCUUGAAAGGAAAAAGGCAGGCUGUAACUGUAAUAAACAAACAAGAAACACUUCAUUUGAAGCACGUGCUUUGGUUAUCUGUCAAACGUGUAUCUAAAUAUGGGCUGCAAAUGCUUAGAGGCUCCUCGGGGAAGUGGAUUUCUUCUGAUCAGGGGUGGCCUUACUAUUAGGGUGACUGAGGCAAUCUCCUGGGAUGGCAGAUGCUGGGAGGUGGCAGUAGAGUCUUGGAGGACAGAGCCCUGGGCGGUAUGGCCCGCCUUACAUCUCUAAGCUAGCCUGCAGCCCUUGGGAAUAGUGGAGGACGAUGCUGUAACUGCUCCAGAAGGAUUUUGCCACCAGUCCAGUCGGCUUUUGUAUAUGGGAUGAGAUGCAACACUUUAGGCAGCAAAAUGCAUUGGACCAGCCCUGGUAGGAAAAGUCACAAGCUGAAGACCUUUUUCUCUAUGUAAAUGAGAAAGGCAUAUAAUAAUACAAACAAUGGUGCAUUUUGGAGAACACUAGAUGAAGCUACAAAUCUGUUAGCAUACAGUGCACAUUUCAUCUAGUUUUUUUCAUUUGCGCUGAGGUCUUUCUGCAAUCUGAUAUAACUGUUUAUGUAAAAACAUGGAAGAAAGAAAGAAAGAAAGAAAGAAAGAAAGAAAGAAAGAA